AAGAACAUGAAGUCAGAUUCACGAACCUAAAACAGAGAGAUAAAGAAAAGACCAACCUUAUUGCUAAAUUAGAUGAUGAUAUCAGGAAAAUCAAACAGGAACAAAAUGUUAAUAUUUUGGCACAAAGCAAUACAUUCAUACCAAAGUCUCCAAUUCAUUCAAUAAGUUCACAAUCAUCUAUUUCGCCAAAUAUUGAGGGGAUUUCAAAGCAAUCAAAUUACUCUGGUCAUUCUAUUGAAAAGAAUAAUGCUGACCCUAUAUCUCAGGAUUUCAAUUCAAUACCUUUAGAUCAAACUAAUAUAUCUUCCGUUGUAGACCAUUCGUGUUUAGAGAAAAAUGUUGAGAAACUAUGUUUGAAGAAGGGAGACAAACAGAACACUCUGUCACAUCAAAAAAUCCUCUAUAGGGAAAAAGUGAAGCGAGGUUUAAGGCAGGAACUAUCAUCCUUUUGCAGUAAGGACAGCAAUGGCAGGGUGUUUAACAUUCAGAUUCCCGAAUUCUCCUUAGAAGCGAUUCUAACAGGAUCUAGUAAAAUUACAGCACAAACCAUAGUCGAUCUAUUUAAUGUAGCAAUGAAGGUCAGACAUAAGGAGAUACUAUGCUGGUAUUGUUACUAUAAAAGCGUACGAAGAUCGAAUUAG